CUCAGGCCAUGCCCAUUGUGGCAUACGUUUCUGUUUGGAGGAAAAGGCCAAUUUAGGUUUCGUUUUCGUUUCUUGCUGUGUUUCUUUUACAGAUAUGUCAUAUGGUCUCGUUCAUCGCUUUCAGAACGCACUGACUCCUAGGGCGCAGACUGACCGUCCCGUGUUCCAUCAAGAUGAGCUGAUUAUGGAUACGUUUAGACGGUGAUAAUAACACAUUUACAAUGUUUUCGUGGGGAGAGAACACCCGUGAUGGCUUCGGUUUAGUGAAAUCGAAGGAUUUGGUAAAGGCGAACACGGACGGUUGCGUAAAUUUCAUACACCUGAAAUCUCCAGUUACGCGUCUUUCUGCAGGUAAUAAAGUGGUCGCGUUCAUCAGAAAUAAUGGGAAACAAGUGUCCCUCGCUCGGAUGCAAGAUGACAAAGAUGGGAGAAGGAUCACAGGAAAACUGAAGGGUGUGGAGUGCAGGGAGAAGAUUCUGGCUCUGAGUUGCUGUGAUGCACAUAUUAUUUUACUGUCUGAAGAGGGCAGAGUUUUCUGCCUCACCCAAUCAUCCAAUGUUCCCAGCCCAGUGGGUAACUUGAAUCACGUAAUUCAAGUUGCAUGUGGAGACCAGCAUUCCAUUGCGCUAACUCAAGAUGGUAAAGUGUUCACGUGGGGCCAGAACUCCAGUGGACAACUGGGUUUGGGGGAGGGAGAGCCCAGCACCUUGUCUCCCCAGCCCCUCAAGUCUCUGUCAGGGAUCCCCCUGGCUCAGAUCACCGCUGGGGGAGACCACAGCUUCGCCCUGUCCCUCUCUGGAGCCGUGUUCGGCUGGGGCAAGAACAGCGCCGGGCAGCUGGGACUGGGGGACACAAUAGACAGACCUGCUCCAGCUCCUGUUGAUUGCCUGCAUCUAAAGAAGACCAUUACUGUUUCCUGUGGAGGGGAGCAUACUGCUGUUCUGACAAAGGGAGGUUUAGUGUUCACAUUUGGCUCGGGUCGAUAUGGACAGCUUGGACACAACUCUCUCAGAAAUGAACUACGACCUCGACUGGUGGCCGAAUUCUGGGGGGCAAAGGUGACCCAGAUAGCCUGUGGAAGAAACCACACAUUGGCGUUUGUGGGCUCCUUCAAAAAUAUCUACUCAUUUGGGCAUGGAGAGCAAGGGCAGCUGGGAAAUGGAGUCAAGAUGGAUCAGUCUGUGCCUCUGCCAGUACACCUACCACAGGACCACAUUGAUGACCAGCAAAUUGAACAAACCUUUGCUGGAGGAAACCAUUCUUUUGCCUUGUGCAGCACUACUCAAGAAUCAGGAAAAGGGUUGAAUGACUCCAAUCGCGGAAAAGUGACUCAAACAUUAGAUGAUGACAUCAUUAACAGAUGGAUCUCGGACUGUGACUCAAAAUCAUGGAAGACGAUACAGAAGGAAAUCACAAAAACAUUCUCUUCUGCAUCAUGUUUAAAUGGGAGCUUCUUGGACAAAAGCCGUGACAAACAUUAUCAAACCUCACUGAAGCGCUCUGGCCUGGACUUGUCAUUCGCCCGACUGGCUUUUCAAAAGCUGGCUAAAAAGAAUAAAGUUCUGGCUGAGGUUGAAGAUGUUGUCCAGCGCAUACUCCUUCCCUCCCUGAGUAAGGAUCCCAUUGGGGUGGAGGGUCUGAGGGUGUACCUCAUCAUCCCUGAGCUCCUGAGGGUUCUCCUAAAACAACAACGUGGCAUGGAUAUUACUGAGGCCUUCGCUGCUGCCGUCCUCAGACUGAACCCAGACAAGCUCCAGGUUCUUGAGGGCCUAUGGUCGACACUUCCCGACACCCCCUUCAGAACUCUGGUGAAAACAUUCCACUAUGUGUCAGCAGAGUAUCUCCGUAAGGUGGCAGAGGAGGAUUAUGCUGCUGAAAAACAUUUUGAAGGGACUCAUGACACUGUAAAGGUUAUGGAGAGGCUGUAUGAGGUCAAUUGCAACAGACUCAUCAAAAUUGCGGCAAGCAAUUUCCACAUCAACAGAACCAAUUAUAUGCUUCGGAAUAUGCUCAACACACUUGUAUAUUGUGACUACCUAAAUCUUCCCGAGGGUUUCUUUUAUACAUUUCAACAACAAUCCUGCAUCUUCAACACAGAGGCUAAAUGUAUGGUUUAUCAAUUGGAACUCAAUUACAGCUUUGUCCUCGGUGGACCGUUAGCCUUUUGGGUCCCUACAAUACAUGUGAGGAGAGAGAGAGCCCUGGAAGAUGCUUUCCAGCACCUUCGACAAAGUGGGCACAACUUCACAAUGCCUUUGAAGGUGAAGUUUCAAGCAGAGGAUGGUGUGGAUGAAGGUGGUGUUUCA